CCAUCAACAAAAUGACAGAUGCAAGGAGCUCGGUCUGUCGAGUUCAGCUGAACCGUCUAAAGUUUUGGGAUAGCGGGAAGCGUGCCCUUUCCUAGGUCAUAACAGCUUGAGCCAAGCAGAAAAUGGCCACGGCACGCGAGCGAGUCCAGUCGCUUGACUCUCGGUUAAGGGAUCUCGAGGAGCGCUUUGGGGGUGGAGUCUUCCAGGCAGCGGCCCUUCCGCCGCUGCAGGACUUGCCCAGCACGUUCGUGGCGAGAGCCCUAGACCUUCCGGUCAGCUUAGGACAAGCUGCAAGCGGGUCAGCUCCAUCAGCGGCGGGCCCCAGCGCGGUCGCCGCGGCCGUCCCUGCAGGCGCCGCUACCUCAGCCUCAGUUGGAACCGCUUCCCGGCAGCCGCUUGGCAGUAGUGCAGUUGGUGGCUUCGGCCAUGGCGCCGGUCCUGGCGCUAUCCGUGCGGCGGCAGCAGUGCCCGCUGCAAGUGCUCCGACAGGAGGCGGGGCCGCCACUGCGCCCGCGUCCCAGCCAGCCCCAGCAAUGCUGCCCCGGCCCAGCCGGCCCGCAGAGGUGCCGCUGCGGCUGUACCGGCAGGGCCUGCCGCACCGUGAGCUGGGCCCGCCACAGAGCGUUUGGGAGGCGGAUAAGAAUGCCGCAGUGCUGGCGCUGGCAGACCGCGUGCACCAGCUUGAGGACCAGCUGGAGCAGGCGCACGCCACCGGAGCGGCACCGGCAGCCGCCUCAGCAGGAGGGGGCGACGGCGCCAUGGCCGCCUACGGCGGUGUGCUGCCGCCGCCGACUGUGGACAUGCUGCCGGUGCCACGCACCGUGCUGGGCGCCACCAGCCACGCCAACGUUGCGGCGUACGACGGCAUUCACGCCGGUGGCGCGGCGCCGGUGCCCGUCAAGUACUACCCGCCGCCACCGCCGGGGCAGCAGCUGACGCCGGAGCAGCAGCUGCUGCGGCUGCAGGUGGCGGAGGGCGCGCGCGGGCAUGCACGGGCGUUCGCCGCGUCGGUCACCGAGUCCGCGGCGGCGACAGUGCCGUCUGCGAUGAUGCGGCGCAAGCGCAACGAGGCGGCCGCACGGGCGGCGCAGCAGCAGCAGUUUGGACCGGAGGAAGACGCGCGGCAGGGGGAUGAGAACCAGGCGUCAGGACCCGGGUUUGGGCCAGGAGCCGGGGGCGGUGGAGGCGGCGGUGUCGGGGGUGCAGUGGGCGUGUCCAAGCCGUUGGGCUACGCCAGCAACGCCGCCAGCGCGGCGGCCUCGGUGCACGUGAUCGGGCUGAAGGAGCCCGGCGGGCCGCUGCAGCCGGCGGGGCCGUAUCCCAUGGUGGCGGCGGCUCUGGCGGUGGGCACGCCGGGCACGGGCGGCAGCACGUGGGAGCAGUCCAAGAUCCGCGCGCUCAUGUCGCUGGAGCAACAGCUAAACAUGCUGAAGGCACAGGUCGAGUCGUACAAGGACCAGGAGUCGCGGCAUCGGCGGCAGAUGAUUGAGCUGAAUGAUAAGCAUCGCGCGGAGAUGAUUGAGGCCGCGGGUGCUGCCGGCCGGCGGCUGAAACGGCUUAUGAAGUCUGCUGGACCAGCCUUUGCACGGCGGCUGCUGGUGCUGCGCCUGACGCGAGCGCUGCACGCCUGGCGGCGUGUCGCCGUCCGCAACCGGCGACUGCGUUGGGCGGCAGCGGUGUGGCGACGGCGCAGCCUGGAGGAGUUCCUCACGGCAUGGCACAUGGUUACCAUGCAGAACAAGCAUCACCGCCACACGCGCCGGCGCGCAGCGCAGCGCUACCUGCGCACACUGCUGCUGGCGUGGCACUCGGCGGCGGCGGCGCGGCGGCAGGUGCGGCGGCUUGAGCGGCGCGUGGUGUUGCUACGUUGCCGGAGGCUGCUGGCGGCUUGGGCGCAGCGCUCGCGGCAACUGUGGGAGAAGCGGCUGCGGGUGCGCGGCGCUGAGGCGGUGCGCAGCGGACGGCUGCUGCGAAAUGGCUGGCAGGGCCUGACGACGGAGGUGGCGCGCGUGAGGCGGACUGAGGUGGAGCUGCGGCAGCGGCUGGACAAGGCCAUGCUGGUACAUGCGCUGCAGACGUGGGUGCAGCAGACGCGGCUCGGCCAGCGGCUGGAUGGCAUGUGGCGCCGCGGCACACUGCGCUGUGUGCUGCGCAGCUGGCUAGCCUACAUGCGGCGGUCAGGCAUGCUGGGCCGCAAAUUGCGGGCCCUCAAGAACGUGUGGCGACGGCGGCGGCGGGCGCUGGCGCUGGCGGCUUGGGCGGCGGCGGCGCGGCGGCAGGCGGUGUUGAAGGCCACAGACGAACUGCUGCGGUCGAUUGUCAGGGAGCAGCAGCUCCGCACGGUGCUGUCCUGCCUGCGCCUGGCGGCGCGCGAGCGCGCCUGGAGCCGCCGCCGCGCGGGCUUAGCGCUGCGCGCCUGGCGCGCCUCCGCCGGCCGGUCGGCUCGCAACAUGCGGAUAGUGGUGCUCCGGCGCCUGGCGCGCAACCGGCAGUCGCUGGCGGCCAUAUUCGACUGCUGGCGGGUGCUGGCCAAGGCGCGGAUGGUGCAGCUGCAUCUGAGGGAGAUCCACCGCCUGCAGGAGCUGGAGCCCAUGUACGAGCACCAGAUGGAGCUGGUGCGGCAGGACCGCGCCGCGGUGCAGGCGCACCUGCGGGCGCUCAUGGCCGAGGCCAACCUGCUGCGCUCCGAGCUGCUGCGUGGCUUCGUCAUGAGCGCCGAGGGCGGGCUGCUGGGGCGGCCCAUCAGCUGGAAAUCCAUGCCCGCGGACCCGGGGCAGUGGCUGCCGCCGGCGCGCUGCCGUCACAGCACGCUGUGCCUGCGCGCGCUGCAACUGCCCACGGCGCGGCCUCCGGGCGCGGCGGCGCAGCCGUUGCCAAUGCACAGCACGCUGCGCGCUUCGCUGACGGCGAGCGCAGUGGGUCUGGAUGGCCAGCACGGCGGCACGCACAUGCGCACGACGCGCUUUCCGGCUGGUGGCACCACGCUGGGCGUGCACGGCCAUCACGGCGACGAGGUGGAGGCGGUGGUGCCGGACGUGGCGGGCGUGCUGGUGGUGUUCGGCGGCGUGGGCGAGGAGGAGUGGUUCCGAGACCUGCACGUCCUGGAGGUCACCUACUCGGAGGGCGGCGCCCGGACGUUCCACUGGCACCAGGUGGAGGUGGAGUCGGAGGCGGCGCCGCCGGGUGGCGUGGAGGCAGGCACGCUGCGUUCCGCCUGGCCUGAUGAGCCAGGGGUGGGCGGCGACGCGGGGCCAAAGCUGCCGCUGCCCACGCGCCGCGACCACGCAGCCUGCGUGACCAGCCCGAACCAGUUCGUAAUUGUGGGCGGCUUCGAUGGAAAGACCGAGCUGAUGGACAUCCACGCCGUCACCGUCCGCGCGGCAGAGGACAGCGUGGGCUGGGCGGCCACGGUACGACUUGUGGCGCCACGCAACCGCACGCCGGCGGGGCGCUCGCACCACACCGUCACGCCGCACGCCGCCGGCCGCUCGCUGUACGUGUUCGGCGGCUACAGCAGCUCACGCGGCGUAACUGGCGAGCUGUGGACCUUCCACAUGGACCACCACGAGUGGUGGCAGCCCAACACCACAGGCGAUCAGCCGCCGCCGCGCCGCAACCACGUGGCUGCGCUGGUGGGCGGGCUGCUGUACAUCCACGGCGGCUUCAACGGCACCGAGUGUUUGGACGACACCUGGGUGCUGGACCCGCAGACCUGGCACUGGGAGCGGCUGGAAACCGUGGGCCCCGCGCCCAGCCGCCGCCGCGGCCACGCCGCCGAGGUGGUGGGCGAUCGCUACCUGGUGGUGCACGGCGGCUAUGACGGCGGCGAGGGCCAGGCCUACCUGGGCGACGCAGCCGUGCUGGACACCACCACCCGCACCUGGACGGCACUACACGCAGCGGGCGCGCCGGAGGACAUGCCCACGGCGCGCAGCUUCCACACGCUCACGCUGGUGGGCCACGUGCUGGUGGCGCUGGGCGGCUCGGGGCCGCUGGGGCCGCUGCUGGACGUGCACCUGCUGGAGAGCCCGCCGCUGGUGGCGGGGCUGGCGCAGCAGUACAAGCUCAUGGCCACGGCGGCGCAGCUGAGCGCCACGCAGGCGGGGCUGGCGGACACGACGGCGGCGCUGGCGGUCACGCGGCACCGGGCCGAGCUGGCGGAGCAGCAGCUGCAGACUCUUCGAGAGCGCAGUGCGGAGCUCGUGGAGCGACACAAUGCGGCGCUUCAGGACCUGGACCGAAUCAAGCAGCGGCUGGCGGGCGAGACUGCGCGCGUGGUGGCGGCCGAGGCGGUGGCGUCGGACGCCCGGCUGGCGCUGGCCACUGUGGAGCGGCGGCUGCGGCGCACACGCGAGGGCGGGCACGAGGUGGCGGAGGCGGCGCGCAACAUGCAAGACACCGUGUGCGACCUUCGUGAGGAGGUGGCGCGGCUGCGGAGCCAGCUGCUGGGCACCUCGCAGCAGCAGGCGCGCGAGUCGGCGGCGCUGGCCGCCGCCUCCGCAGAGCGGCAGCUGCUCACGCAGCAGCUGGCGGGCGCGCAGCAGGAGGCGGCCCUGCUGAGAGGCAUGCUUGCGACCGCAGAGGCCGAGUUCCGGGCGGCUCUGGACAGGCAGCGGGCCCAGAUGGAGGCGGAGCUCAUAACGGCGGCGGAGCACACCAAACAGCUGGCCAAGGCGGCGGCGGGCGCCGCCGCCGGCGCGGGAAUGGGCGGCGGUGCCGACAUGGACCUGGUGCUGCUAAACCAGUUGGCUACCGCCACGGCGCGCGCGGAGACGGCGGAGAUGAGGCUGCAUGCCAUGGAGCGCGAGUACGGGCAACUGCAGGCCGAUGUGGGCAGCCUGAAGCGGCAGCUGGCGCAGCAGCGGCACGCGCGCGACGCCGCGGAGGAGCGCGCCGCAGCCGCCGUGGCGCACAUGCACGCCUCCGAGCUGCGCUACCAGCAGCAGCUGGAGGACAUGCAGCUGGAGCUGGCGCGGCUGCAGCGGACACGUUGGCGGGAAGACCUGGGCUUGGAUCCCGGGCCCACCGCCAAGAAGCGCGCAGCGCCUGCGGCGCCCGAGGCAUCGCCCCAGCCGGAGGCUGCCAAACAAGAAGAGGAGGAAGAGGAUGUGGCGGCGCGGGAGAGGGAGGAGGCGGAGCGGCUGUUGCGGGAGGCGCGGCCGCCGCCGGAGGGGCCGCUUGAGGACCCGGCGAGGCGGGUGGAGCUGCGGGCUAAGGCGGGGGCAGUUGGAGACCCCGAGGACCCGGCCGCGCACUUCACGGUGCAGCACGUUGAGGCCGUGGUGGUGGAUGAGCCCACGGAGCUGCAGGUGUUGCCUGAGGUGGCGCGGCUGCUGCAGCUGCAGCGGCGGCUCAUGGGGGACGGCGUGUAGAAGUGUCGUGGUGUAGGUCCGCAGGACGAAGGGAUGUGGGUGAGGUGCAUGCAUAAUUAGAGAGCAAGGCGGAGUCAAUUGUUUGGGAUGGAAGAAGAGAAGGAGUAUGGCUGCAGUAGGGCCGGAAAAGCGUAAACAUGCGGCCCGGCGUUGCCCCGGGGAGUGUGGGGUCGGCGAGGGGUGGCUGGUCUUCUAGACGCGCAUGGGGUUUUGGACACC